CACGCACGUCCACACUACCCCUCCCCCUCAAUUGCCAGCUGACUGACGCAGUGCGUGGCGCCGCCGUGCACAUGUGCGUGGCCUCUGAACCCAUUGUUGUGCUGCGGGUGACGUCAGCGCGCUGAGCAGGGAGAGGAGCCCCGAGUCAGUGUGGCGGUGUGCGCCCUGGCCAAACAAAGGAGGAUCAGGGAGAGAGGGACUGGAAGAAAGAAAGCUAGGUAGCGUGAGUGAGAGGAAAAAUAGCUAGCUAGAGAGAGAGACAUAGAGGGGAAGCCUGCUGUAAUUGCACAAGCCAGCCUCCCCCUCCCAACACCCAUUUAUCUUCAUCCCACCCUCUAGAGACGAAGGAAGGAAGGAAGGAAGGAGAAAGAGAAAGACACUGAGGCAGACAAACAAAGUGAGCGGAGACUGAGAAGCGCAGGCAUUGCCCUAAAAAAAUAAACUGCUUGCUUUCUUUCUUUUUACCAAAUAUAAAAAGUGUGCGAUACAGAGUAGAAGGAAGAAACGCGCUACCACGAUUGAUUUCGUUUUGCGGGUCCUAAAAAACAGAGGACAAAGAAAAGAAACUGUUUUUUAUAUAAGAAGUAAUAGGGGAAAAAAACCUUAAUCAACCAGUUACUCCGGGAAGACAAAGACUGGAAAAGGGGACGCUGGUUCAAGGCGCACGGUGACGCCUUAUUUCCAGACGACUUUACCCCAGAAUUGCUACUUUUAGCUUUUUCCCCCCGGUGUGUGUCUCUUGGAUACCCUCGUUAGUUUUUUAGUUGGUGUCUUCUUAGCAAUAAACAGCGGUCCCUAUGCUUUAGGAAGGAGACCAUGCCAAGCUCACUCUACCACCCAGACAUCAUGGAAGGCGAGUUGAUUGUAAGCAGCCACCACGGCGGAGGAAUGACUACAGAAACCGAGGACGGGCACCAGCGGGACGAGCAGCACCAAGAAGCGCUCCGGUUCGCCCUGGACCAGCUCUCGCUGAUCGGGCUGGAGGAUCGGGGCGAGUGCGGAGGGACAGGGGAGACAGACCCCACGCUAGUCGGGCUGGACGAUGGAAGCUGUAACGGCGUCGGGGUUGGAUUCAUCGGGCUGCAGAUGAUGGAGCACCCCGGCGGCCCUUCGUCCUCGCCGACUUCUUGCUCCCCUCCUCCAGACAUCUUCGGCCCGGGUUUCCACAUGGCAGCCCAACACCAGCACUCCAUCUUGGGCGAACAGGUGAACGUGAUAGGAUGCCGAAAGAGGAGUGUGAACAUGACCGAGUGUGUGCCGGUGCCCAGCUCCGAACACGUCGCCGAAAUCGUUGGCAGACAAGGCUGCAAGAUCAAGGCCCUGCGAGCGAAGACUAACACGUACAUCAAGACCCCGGUGCGCGGCGAGGAGCCCAUGUUCAUUGUGACGGGGCGCAAGGAGGACGUGGAAAUGGCCAAGAGGGAGAUCCUCUCUGCCGCCGAGCACUUCUCCAUGAUCCGGGCCUCCAGGAACAAAGCCAGCGCGGCGGGGCUGGUGGGUGCGCCCGUCCCCGGACCCCCCAACCUGCCAGGCCAGACCACCAUCCAAGUGCGCGUGCCUUACCGCGUCGUUGGGCUGGUUGUGGGGCCCAAGGGAGCCACUAUCAAGAGGAUCCAGCAGCAGACUCACACCUACAUCGUCACGCCCAGCCGGGACAAGGACCCAGUGUUCGAGGUGACGGGCAUGCCGGAGAACGUGGACCGCGCCCGCGAGGAGAUCGAGACGCACAUCACGUUGCGGACCGGUGCCUUCGUGGACCUGCAGGGAGACAACGACUUCCACAGCAACGGCACGGACGUCAGCCUGGACGCCUCUGGUCUGGUGGUGGGGGCGGGGUUGUGGGCGCGGCCUACCAACAGCACGCAAGGUACAGCCGCCUCCGCCGCUCGCAAGAUCGCCACUGCAGCCUUCCGCAACGGCAGCCUGAGCUCGCUCGGCUCGGGAUCCACGGAGUCGCACUACAGCAGCGCCGGGGGCCGCAUCGCCGACACCAGCCCGACCAGCCCCUUCAGCACUGGCAGCGCUGGCGGGGGGGGUGCAGGAGGGGGCUUCGCGUUUGGAGGAGACCCCCAUGCUGCUCUCCCGCCUGCUGACGACUUGGGAUUCGAGUUCACCACCGGCGCGGGCAACAUCUGGGCUCCUUUUGUCAAUGGCUUGUCUCAGACUGCAUGUCAGCAGCAGCAGCAAAGGCGCAACAGCGGGCUGAGCGCAGGGGCCCUCACUCCCCGGCUGUCCCCCACGCUGCCUGAGUCUGUGGUUCUGGAUCACCCGCUGGCCCGCAGAGCCCAAAGUGACCCCCUGAGCGCCCUCUCCUGGCUGCACGGCAGCGGCUCAGCCGCGUCUUCCUUCUCUGGCAGCACCACUGGCUAUUCCUCUGCCUCUGCCUCCUCCCUGCCGGGCAGCCUGUCCUCUGCAGCCUCCGGUGGCUCCCCCACCGACUCAGAAGGGGGCAUGCUGGGGCGCCUGAAGAGCGCACGGGAGUGUUCGGUCUGCUUCGAGAGCGAGGUGACAGCCGCCCUCGUCCCCUGCGGACACAACCUGUUCUGCAUGGAGUGCGCGGCUCAGAUCUGCAAGUCAGCUGAACCGGAGUGCCCAGUCUGCCACGCCCCAGCUACCCAGGCCAUCCGUAUCUUAUUAUAACAGAUGAAAUGAACAGGGGGAGGGAGAGGAGAAAAGAAAAGACAGACACCGACUUACUAUCCUGUCGGACACAGCUGCUGCACAUCCAACGAUCCCAGAAAAAAAUAGACGCAAAACACUCUACUACUCUACUACGACUACUGCUACCACAUAGAUACAUUUUUAAGACGGACUUAAACUUGUGUAUUAGUAUUAUUAUUAUUAUUAUUGUUUUUCGGACUGCAGAAGGUAUAAUGUUGCCCAGAUAAACGAAGAACGUUUACUCAAACACACAAAAGCUUGGUGAUUUUGAGGGAGGGGAUGGGAUGGGUGAGACUCUAAGGUGUUAUCAGUCCAAUGCUUCUGUUUCUGAAAGUCUCAGCAAGUCUUAAACAGCAUUCCGUCAUGAGUUUUAAUAAACAGGAAAGGUCCAGCACUUUUUUUUUUUUAUUUUUAAAUAUAAAAAGUUUAAGGGGUGGGUGGGGGGCACGUGUGUAGAGUUCAGGGAUUUGUAGGUAGCAAGAUAUUUUUAAUUAUUUUUUAAUUAUUUUUUUUUUAAAGCAGAGUUUUAUCUUGUACAUGAAAAAAUUAACAAGACCAAAAGUAACUUGGAGGGUGUUUUUGUUUUUCUAAAACGUCCUUUGUGUUUGAAAUCAUCUUGACAGAAAAAAAAAACUGUACAAAACCUUUUUUUUUUUUUUUAUAAAUAUAUAUAUGUAUAAUUUUAUUUUUUGUACUCUCGUCCAGGGGAAAACAAAAUCGCACAGAAAACAGUUUCAACACUGAAGUGCACGAGCUUCCAGUUCUCCUUCAGCAGUGUUUAACACUCAGAGCUGGCCCCAGUCCCUCCACAGUCACUGCUUGGGGUCUACAAGGUAAAAAUCAGGCUGUCUCAUAUUGCCCCCUUACGAGAAAUUGGGCUGCUUCAUACACUUCCCUGAUCCUGAACUCCCUAGUAAGCAUGCAUUAAUAGCACACUUCUAGAUAUGAAACUGUUGGUCAAACUUUACUUGGGGCUGUAGUCUAAUCCUUGUGGGAAGGAAGAGAAAGGGCGAGGCGGGCAGGGGGCAAAAGGUAGCUUUCAGUAGGGCAUUUUCUUGCCUUAUCUGUAUCGUUAUUCCAGUAACCACCUUGAAGGGCUUCUGCUAGGGACAGAAAAGGCAGUACCAUAGCCAUGAACUACCCCACACCCUAGCUGUUAGAAACUGCCCCCCCUCCCCCACACACACAGAAAGGAGUGUUAAACACACCACAGAAUUUGUGAUCUCUGGAGACCAUUGCUAUACUAACCAGUGACACCACAUCCUCAGUUUGUUUCUGUGUCUGAUCAAUGGACAUUUUCUAUGUGUGUGUGUGUGAAUAGCUGACUACAUUUAGGAUAUUAAAUACCAAACAAAUGCAGAACCUUACAUUCUGAUGCAUUAACUAGGAGUCUUAUUUAUAAAAGGAAAAAUAUCUAGUGUGAGCUUUUUCAUGCAGUCUUUUUUUAGAACAAUUGUCCACAGACUUCGUUUUCAAAACCAGUGGGUUGUUCAUACAGUAGUAAGGGACGCAAGAUCUGCCAUUGUCAGUAAGUUCCCAGUAAACAAAUCGUCUGUUCUCAUGUAUUGGGGACCGGAUUGUUUUUACCACACGGUUCGUGCUGUAGACAUUUCUCCAGUUUGUAUUCCUUGCUUUACAAUAACGGUUGCCUGCCCUGUUUUUUUUUUUUAUUUUUUAAUUUUUUUAAAUAACCAAAGUCUCCCUUUUACUAGGCUUGCACCAUCCUGAAACUAUCUGUAUAAAUACUAAAAGCUCUUGGAUAAAUGUAUAGAAAUAUAAAUAAUGAGUAUCAUGAUGAGAAAAGGAUCCAAGUAAUUGUAUUUCAUUUGUAAACUCAGAUCUGCAUGUAUCUGACCCGUCAGACAGUGACUUUUUCUUUUUUUUUUUUUCUCCUCCCCCCCCACUUUCCUCCCCCAAGUGUCCCAGGGCACCCUGUGACCUUUUUGUUUACCUCUUCCUGUAUACAACAUGUAGGCAAUUUAUAGCAGAAAUGAACUUUUAUUGAAGAAAUUAAGAACUAAAUAUAUUUUAUUUUAAAUUUAUGGACCUUUUAAACUUUGGCGCAGCUAAAGUACUGAUAUAUAUAUUUGAACUGACUUGACGGUUAAAUUGUAUUAAGAGUUUUAUUUUUUAUGCUUCUUAAUAAAGUUUUUUUUUUACUGUACAGAA